AGUCUUUUUUCUAGGAAAUGUAGAAUUUCUUGCCUUAACAGUUCUUUGUUUCUUCACAUCUUCUUGUGAUUUGACUUUUUCAAUAUUGGAAGUUAUUUUCAUUUAAUUAUUUUGUUUUUAUUCUAUCAACCAUAUUUGCCCCUAUUUUGCAGCAAUGUGGGGCUAACUUUUUUCGGAUUUUAGUUCUCGUCUAUCUCAGUCAAUUGUCUUUACCAUUUCCACAUAUUGAACACUUAAUCCUCUCUGUUUCAUAGUUGCGAUGGACAUACCUUUUUUUUGGUUUUGUUUUUUUCAGUUCCUAAGAUUACAACACAACUUUAAAAUCCAAAAUAUCAUGGUCUACAAUUGUUUUUCAAUUUUAAAUAAAAAUAUACUAAAAUGGAUCUUUCACAACCAUUGAUAGGUUUAGUAAUUAGCAUCCUACUUUUGGCUCUACACUCAUUUAUUGAUAUUGUUAUGGGUUUUAAAUUUUCAUAACUUUAUUUGCUUCUUUCACUCCUUUUAAGAGUGGCAUAUGGUUAUUACUGUUCUUUCCCUCCUUUGCUGGGAAUAUCAGCAGACAUCUUUCAAUGAGUCCCCUCAACAAUUUAUUGCCUAUAACGACCUCUCAUCAUUCUUUUGCAGACAUUGAAAAUAUUAUCUUCUUAUUCGGGUAGAAUAAGUAAAUUAUUCGGUAAAUCAACGAGUGCGACACGGAGUCUGAAAGUGAUAUUCCAUGACUUCCCAGGAGGGGCAGAGAGUUUUGAGCUUAUGACAAGGUUUUGCUACAACGGAAAAUUUGAGAUAAAUCCCUUAAACCUUUCUCUCUUACACUGCAUUGCAUAUUUCAUGGAAAUGAACAAAUCUGUCUCCAAAACCCCCAAUUUACUCGAGCAAACUGAGAAAUCUCUAGAUGAGAUCAGGUACUGGACAUGGUCAGAGCUUUUGUUAGCUUUGAAGCAGUGUCAAGAUUUGCUUCCCGUUGCGAAUUCUUCUGGUGUAUUUAAAAAAUGCUUGGAUUCUCUAGUUGGAAGGAUAGCAUUGGCCAGCGAAACGAGUCCAUGUCCAUCUACUUCUUCACCUGAUAGCUCUGUGAUUCGGUUUUCUUGUGACACUAGAAGCACUGAAAGCUUCAAAAAUGGCUUCUUUCGAGCAACAUGGUGGUUUGAAGAUCUUGUGGCUUUGAAUCCUAAUUUGAUUGAAAUAGUAACAAAAUCACUUGUUUUGAAGAAAUUCGACCAUGCCAUCAUAGGUAGGUUUCUCUUUUAUUACCAGAAGUCAAGGUUUAUUCUUGCAACAUCCGAUGAGAAGCGCAUAAUCACCGAGACUAUAGUCAAUACGCUCUAUUCUCUAGAUUGGAGCAUGAUUUCUUACAAGAGCUUAUUUGGGAUUCUUAGAGUUGCUUUGAAUUUAAACAUAAGCAAAUGCUGCAAGAACAAGUUAGAGAGUAUGAUUGGUUCACAGAUCGAUCAAGCAACGCUAGAUAAUCUGCUCGUUCCAUCCCCAACAGGGGCAAAUUAUCUAUAUGACAUAAAUCUGGUCCUAAGGUUUUUGAAGUCAUUUCUUGGCAAAGGACUAUGUCGCAUACCAUUGGUACAAUUGAAGAAAGUUGCUAGCUUGAUGGACUUGUACAUAGCAGAAGUAGCACCAGAUCCUUGUUUGAGACCAUCAAAGAUGUCAGCUCUAGUUGUGGCCCUGCCCGAUUCUUCCAGAGACUCUUUUGAUGCAAUCUACCAUGCCAUCGACAUGUAUCUAGAGGUCCAUGCUGGUUUAUCUGAAGAGGAAAAAAUAAAUGUCUGUUAUGGGCUGAAUUACGAGAAGCUCUCCCCAGAAGCUUUCAACCACCUUGCUCAAAAUGAAAAAUUCCCCUCAAAAUCGGCUGCCCAAGCUCUCAUCUCUCAGCAUGGCAAGCUCAAAAGCUUGCUCCCAGUGACCGACCAAUCAAAAUCAUUUAUCGACUCGCCAUGUAGUUCUGUGGACAUUGAUACCAAGGGAGAUGACGCCUGUGAACAAGUUGUGCUUUAUGCCGGAAAGCUUGAUCUCUCGGCUGAGAAUGAGAAGCUCAGAUCACAUUUGCAAGGUAUGCAAUGGAGGGUGCUGGAAUUGGAGAAAGCCUGUAAAAAAAUGCAAACCCAAAUGACAAAGAUCAUGAAAUCAAGAUUGUCAAGCGGUAGUAAUGCUAGAUCCUUACCCAGGCUAUGUUCAUGAUAGAGAUUUCUCAUUUAUUUUUAUUAUUCAUAAUUAUUUCCCUACUUGUGUAUGUACGUAGCAUGAAAAAUGAGCUUUUUUGAUUUUAACAGCUCCUUUUUUUAACUUCUGCAACAUUAAAGGCAAUUGAGAGCAGUGUCUUUUACAGAGAUUGGAGUCUUGGAUGGCUGUAUAUAAAACAGAGAGGGAAAAAAAAAACAAAAAAAAAUGUUGUGUUGUUU